AUGACGGCUAUACUUCCCGCCUCGAAUGAGGGGCGCUCGCGCUAUUCUUCAGAUCCUUUGCGAUGUCCAAUCACUCAGACUUACUUUCUUGAAGAGCCCAGCAUCGCCACGGCGAAGUUCAAUGUCCCCGAGUUUCAUCACAGGGGCUGCCCUGAUGAUGCUGCGCCCCCUCCGCCGCGCUCAGAUUCUUCAUCCCCAGACUUCACCAUUGCAGCCGUGGAUCGUUUCCCUCCUACGCCUACGACUCUUAGCAGUCUUUCGCUUAUGAGUGAGGAUCAAGAGGACGGUGAUUUGGUCCUGCCGUCGUACGAUUCCAGUCAAUUCGACCAGAAGGAACCAGAGGCCUUGAGCGAUGUCUCUGUUGACUCAUCGGCCGACAUUCAACGUUUCACGCAGGCACCAGCUGCUGAUGAUAGUACAAUCGAGGAUGAACCGUCAAGGCAUGUUGAUUACCUUUCUCACGAGUGGCGACAGGAGGAUAUCUGGGCCUCGUGGCGUUAUGUGGUUGCUCGAAGGAACGUCUAUGACAAUGGGGUGAGGUUAGAGAAUGCUUCGUGGAGGACAUGGGCAAAACUUAAACUCAAUCUGGGCACAGUGUCACCGGAGGCCCUUAACUGGCUGAAGGAUUGUGAUGUGACGUGGUUGUACGGGCCUUUGAAAACGUGUGCUAGGCAUGAGAAGCCAUCCAACGGCUCGCCGCCUCCAAGCUGUCUGGAAACACCUACCAUGUUUGAUAGGAAACCCAUCUUGAAAAAGCGGACAGCCUCCGAGACCAUCUUGCAGCGCUCUUUGUCCCAGCAUACACUAUUGCAACAUGCUGGAGCCAUUUUAAAAGCUCAAGAGGCCGAGACCAAUCGGAACCGUCCCCCAUUCCAGAGAUGUCCGUCAGAAUUUGGGCAGGUGCUCAACAAAUCGUCCGCCACACUCGUGGGGGAAUCGGCCAAUGGCACCGCUACCAAUACCUCAUCGUCAGGCAUCGGGUCGCCUAGCGAAAGACGGCAUAUUCACUUCAAUAAUGAGGUAGUGCAGUGUAUUGCCGUCGAGGCGAAAGAGGAAGACGAUGGAUGGCCGGUUCCGUUUGAUGAGGAGUCAUCAGAGGAUGGUAUUAUGAUGAUGAAACAGAUUCAUUCCGACACAUCCAUCAGCGACAAAAGUACACCUCGUGGCGGCUUCGCUGGCGAAAACAAAACCAUUGCUCCACUACCUUCUACCACACUCAAGUAUCGCUGGGACGUUUCAGACCACCGCGGAGUAGCCCCCGAACACCGAGACACCCCAGAGAACCGACGGGACACGCCACAACCCCCUGCAAGCUCAAUAAUGGAUCGGUGGUCUAGCUAUUUCUCGAAAUCUACUCCAUCCUCUUCGUCCGGAUCCGUGAAGUCCACCCGGGCCCCCGCGCCAUCUGCCAAUUUCCUUCUAGAUGAAGAAGAUAAUGAUCUAGCUUUCGAUUGGGAACCAAGCCGAAAAUCAUACGGUCUGGGUAGUCUAAGCCGUCCUUGGUUUGUCAACCCGGAAGAUGAUGAAGAGCUCGAUUAUUACUUUCACUCCAUGUCUCCAGGGGGAUCUACACCAAAUGAAGAUGAACCAUUAAGUGCUAGUAUCUUUGACCGUGUGGCGGAUACCGUCAAUACGGCCAAGGAUAUUGCACAUGUGAUAUGGAACGUCGGCUGGCGGCGAUGA